GUACCAAGAACACGCGCGAAAGCUAUGGUAGGAGCUUCAAGAACAAUCCUAUCCCUAUCUCUAUCUUCUUCCCUCUUCACUUUCUCCAAAAUCCCUCACGUUUUCCCAUUUCUCCGCCUCCACAAACCUAGAUUCCGCCACGCUUUUCGUCCUCUUUAUUCCGCCGCCGCAACAACUUCUCCGACGACGGAGACGAAUGUUACAGAUCCGGAUCAAUUGAAACACACGAUUUUGCUUGAGAGGCUUAGGCUUCGACAUUUGAAAGAAUCAGCGAAACCACCACAACAGAGACCGAGUAGUAGUGUUGGUGUCGAGGAAGAGAAUAGUAUUAGGAAGAAGAGUAAGAAGUUAGUUGAGAAUUUUCAGGAGCUUGGGUUAAGUGAGGAAGUAAUGGGAGCUUUACAAGAGUUGAAUAUUGAGGUUCCUACGGAGAUUCAGUGUAUCGGAAUACCCGCGGUUAUGGAGCGGAAGAGCGUUGUAUUGGGAUCGCAUACCGGUUCUGGGAAGACUCUUGCUUACUUGUUGCCUAUUGUUCAGCUGAUGAGAGAAGAUGAGGCAAACCUUGGUAAAAAAACAAAGCCGAGGCGUCCGAGGACUGUUGUUCUUUGUCCUACAAGAGAGCUAUCUGAGCAGGUUUACCGUGUGGCGAAGUCCAUAAGCCAUCACGCGAGGUUUAGAUCUAUAUUGGUUAGUGGUGGUUCUCGGAUAAGACCGCAGGAGGAUUCUUUGAACAAUGCAAUAGAUAUGGUUGUUGGAACCCCUGGUAGGAUUCUUCAGCAUAUUGAAGAAGGAAACAUGGUCUAUGGAGAUAUCGCAUAUUUGGUGCUGGAUGAGGCAGACACUAUGUUUGAUCGUGGCUUUGGUCCCGAAAUUCGUAAAUUCCUUGCCCCACUGAAUCAGCGUGCGUUAAAAGAAAAUGACCAAGGAUUUCAAACCGUCUUAGUGACUGCUACUAUGACAACGGCUGUUCAGAAGUUAGUCGAUGAGGAGUUUCAAGGGAUAGAGCAUUUGCGAACAUCAACAUUGCAUAAAAAGAUAGCAAACGCUCGCCAUGACUUCAUCAAGCUUUCAGGUGGUGAAGAUAAGCUAGAAGCACUUCUACAGGUUCUUGAACCCAGCUUAGCCAAAGGGAGCAAGGUGAUGGUCUUCUGUAACACUUUGAACUCCAGUCGUGCUGUUGAUCACUUUCUUUCUGAAAACCAGAUCUCCACUGUAAAUUAUCACGGUGAAGUUCCAGCAGAACAAAGGGUUGAGAAUUUGAAAAAGUUCAAGGACGAAGAAGGAGACUGUCCCACUCUGGUGUGCACGGAUUUGGCUGCGAGGGGUCUGGACCUUGACGUUGAUCAUGUAGUCAUGUUUGAUUUCCCAAAGAACUCUAUUGACUACCUUCAUCGCACCGGAAGAACAGCUCGGAUGGGUGCUAAAGGAAAAGUGACAAGUCUAGUGAGUAGGAAGGACCAAAUGUUAGCAGCACGAAUCGAAGAAGCAAUGAGAAACAACGAGAGCUUAGAAUCACUCACCACUGAUAAUGUGAGGAGAGACGCUGCAAGAAGCCAAAUCACUCAAGAGAAAGGAAGAAGCGUUAAGCAGAUGAGAGAAGUAAGCAAGCAACGAAACUCCAGAGACAAACCGUCAUCAUCUCCUCCUGCAAGAUUAACAGGUGGGAAGACAUCCGUGAGAAAGUCAAGUUCAAGUUCAUUUUCAAAACCCAGAAAAGCAUCAUCUCCUCCAGAGAAAUCUUCAAAGCCGAAAAGAAAAAUAUUGAAAGCGGUUGGAUCCAGAUCGAUUGCUGCGAGGGGGAAGACAGGUUCAGAUAGACGACCAGGAAAGAAACUAAGUGUUGUUGGGUUCAGGGGAAAGUCUUCUUCGGCAAGAGCCUCUUGAUGAAAGUUAACGUUAGUGGUAAAAGUGAAUUAUGUUCGGGUUAUGAUUACAAAAGCGUUAAGAGAUGAAUCAUCUUGGGAGAUAAUAAUAUUUUCUUUCUUCUAUGCAGUUUGUAUCGAUCGAUAGAAGAAGUUCACUUUUGAAACUCAUAAACUAUUAGAAGUCUG